AUGACUCUUUUAACAGGAGAAAAUUCUGAUUAUGACUAUAGCGCCCUGAGCUGUGCUUCAGAUACCUCCUUCAACCACACGUUCUUUCCAGAAACAGAAACCCUCAAGGGAGUCUUUUACCAAAGAGCCAAGCUAAUUCACCCUGAAGAGGAUCUCUUUAAAAGCAUUCACCCUGAGGACCGGAAGCAUCAUAUCAUCAUAAAUGUAGGGGGCAUUAAAUACUUGCUGCCCUGGACCACACUUGAUGAGUUUCCCCUGACGCGCUUGGGCCAAUUGAAAUUUUGUAAUAAUUUUGACGAAAUUCUAAACAUUUGCGAUGAUUACGAUGUGACGUGCAAUGAAUUCUUUUUCGACCGCAACCCAGGGGCGUUUAGGACAAUCCUGACAUUUUUGCGGGUUGGGAAGCUUCGGCUCAUGCGAGAGAUGUGCGCUCUUUCUUUCCAAGAGGAGCUGCUCUACUGGGGCAUUGAGGAGGACAGUCUGGAAUGGUGCUGCAAGAGGAGGUAUCUGCAAAAAAUGGAGGAGUUUACAGAAAUGAACGAAAGCGAAGACGAUGACCUCAUAGAGAAUGAAAACCCAGGCGAAACAGUGGAGGAGACAAGAGCCAGCUUGUGCAUGAAAAAGUUACAAGACAUGGUGGAGAGGCCUCAGUCUGGGCUUCCUGGGAAAGUAUUUGCAUGUUUGUCUGUAUUGUUUGUGACCAUUACUGCAGUGAACCUAUCCAUCAGCACCAUGCCCGACUUAAGAGAGGAGGAGGAGAGAGGUGAAUGCUCCCAGAUGUGCUACAAUAUUUUCAUCGUGGAGUCUGUCUGUGUGGCAUGGUUUUCCUUGGAAUUCCUGUUGAGAUUCAUUCAGGCAAAGAACAAGUUUGUAUUUCUGAGGAGACCAUUAACCCUGAUUGACAUUAUUGCCAUUCUGCCCUAUUAUAUCACUUUACUAGUAGAUACCACUUCGGUGGGCUUUAAAAAGCCAACCUCUGGCAACAUCUAUCUGGACAAAGUAGGUCUGGUGCUCCGCAUACUCCGUGCCUUGAGGAUUCUAUAUGUCAUGCGGCUGGCCAGGCACUCCCUCGGCCUGCAGACUUUAGGACUCACCGCUCGCAGGUGUACCCGGGAGUUUGGACUCUUGCUGCUCUUCCUCUGCGUAGCCAUUGCGCUUUUUGCGCCGCUCUUGUAUGUCAUUGAGAAUGAGAUGGCGGACUCACAGGAGUUUACCAGCAUCCCUGCGUGCUACUGGUGGGCAGUAAUCACCAUGACAACAGUAGGCUAUGGCGACAUGGUUCCCAGAAGCAUUCCAGGUCAGGUGGUGGCUUUAAGCAGCAUUCUGAGUGGCAUUCUCCUCAUGGCAUUUCCAGUCACCUCCAUCUUCCACACGUUUUCACGCUCCUACAUUGAGCUGAAGCAAGAGCAGGAAAGAAUCAUGUUCAGGAAAGCACAAUUCUUAUUAAAAACUAAGUCUCAGCUAAGUAAUGCAUCACAAAGGAGUGACAUUUUAUUUCCCAGUAUCUCUUCUGAGACUAGGGACAACGACUGA